CUAGGUUUUACCUGCUGAUUUUUCGACAAAUCAUCGUGUUUCUAUGCAAACCUGCACCCCUCAGCUGAUAUUCGACCAAUGGAUUGAUAAAUACAUGCAUCUUAUGAAAAAUUAUAAGUUCCUCUUACUUCCAAGUCAUCUAUUAUUUCAACUAUAUUGUCCAAUUAUCCAUUUAUCAACGUGUUUGGAAGACACCAUUUCCACCUUAUUCGAACUAGAAUCCUUUUCGAACACGCUGCCCCCACUCGACAGCUUGUUACAAACUAAUUCAUCCAAGCCACAAUUUGUCGACGCAAUUCGCUUAUUGGUUAAUGAUUGCAUUCUCUUCUCUUCUCUACAUCCGUUUUCCUUUGAGACGUUAUCUGAAAAACUUCAUUCACUCUACGAGUAUACUUUCCUGAUAUCUAGAUUUUCGAUACGUCCUCUAACGCCUAACCUGACAGCUGCUAUUUUCAAAGAAAUUUACAGCCUUAUCAAAUCUGACCAAACCAUUGUAGAUACCUUAGAUUUUUCAAAAUCUAUUUACUUCUCGCAUCUUUCACCACUCUCAAACUUUUACAGUUCUUCAGUUUUCUUUAAAAACUCGAAAACUUGGGAUAGGGAAGAAGUUCAAGACGAUUGCAUCCGCGAAAACGUUUUUCAAUGCAUGCUACUUCUGUCUCUUGUUCAAUUUUCGACUGUCUUUCGAAACAAACUUUUAGAAGAUUCAUUAUUUUGUGCUAUCUAUAAAUCGCCCUUUCUCUAUUACUGGCUCCUUAACUGCAGCAAUACGGAUGAACAGUACUUCUUGAACACUUGCGAUGUUACCGCGACCGCCAAUUCUAUCAUUGCCUUUCAUCCUUUUGUCGCCAGUCUAUACCUUCUCAGUGACUUCAUUUUUGAAUUUGUACAAAGUAGGAUCCAACUUUUGACAGACUUUGAGCCUGCCUACCCUUCUCUUUGGGGUUCGGUAUUUGUGCCCAGUGUCAAAAGCUAUGCUCAAAUUCAACUUGCCAAAUUCCAAAGUUUAACGACCCAGCUAAGAAUUCAAACAGAAGGCCUUCUCAUCUCCGAACGUCUUCAACCUCUCUCGAUCAACCUCACCUCGCACGUCACUAAAAUCCGCAGCCUUGUAAAAAAAUGGAGUUACUCAAUUCAAGUGAUAUCAAGUAUUUUCAAACCAGAAGCGCCUAUUGUUUUAACAAAAAAAAUAUUUUCGCAAAAAUGGCAUCUAUCAGCUAAGCUUUCCAGUCUUUUUUCACUCGUUUUUCAAGUUUUACCAGGUGUGCCUACUUUUCUAAGCCGAGCACAAGGCUCUUACCAAUUAGAAUGCGUCCCUUAUGCCUUGUUUCAUUAUCAACUACCCGUCCUCGAUCCUAGUGCCGACGAUUACAUUUAUUUAUACUUGAGUCAGCACAUGCUCAGUGCAAAAGACAACGCUUCUGAGCAAAAGCGACUCCUCAUUUUACUUUGGCGACGGCUCGUCUUUUACGGUGGCCUGUUAUUCUCUACACGGGAGCAUUUGUUAGGAGGCAUUUGGACUAUCGGACAUCUGUCCUAUUGUAUGGCAGUGAAACUCAAUAAUGAGGCUGACGAAGAUCAAGGUAUGCGCUUUAUGAUCUCAGAUCCAGAAUUAAGCUGGUUCAAGCUUUUAUCGAUGAAUCAAAUGGCAAAGUACAUCAGAGAUGCCAAAACCAAAUUCGACCUUCUCGACGCCACUGUGGCACAAAAAAUGAGGGCUCUCCAACUCAUGCAAAAAUACCAAAAAGAACCAUCUGUGACUCCGGGCAUAGCCACGAACCAUUUUCAAUCAGAACAGUAAAUUUAAGUAUCUAAAUAUAGUAAAGACGAGUACAAACUUUAACUACCAGCUCCCUUUUCAAAGAACAGCAGGACACGUCAUCAUUAACUUCCGAUCUUUUGUAAACAUUUUUGCUAGAUCUGGCCCUCUGCAAAGAGCUAUGCGAUCACUAUCCCGCUGCUCGUUGACACGAGCAACAAACAAAAAUCCUGCGCAAUAGCAAAAUUUCGUUUGCUUAAUUUUCAUGUAAUCAAAAAAGGA